AUGACAGCUAAGCUCGAAAUGCUUGGGCAUGAUGAAGCCCAAAUUAGAAAGAUUGGGCCUAAGCUUCAAAAGGGUCCAAUACGCGGCUUUAAACCUCCUGCGGGACUAGAGGCUGUCCAGACUCAUUUGGAUGCCUUGAUGUCUAAGGUCUUUCUGACCACCCUAACAGGACCAGCUAGGGCGUGGUUCAAUAUCUUAGAGUCAGGGAGAAUUAGGAAUUUCAUAGACCUGACCAACGUAUUUAUUAGUAGAUUCAUUGCUGGAGUUCCCGUGGAGAGAAAGAUGAGCUACUUAGAGACCGUCCAACAAAGGUGGAAUGAAUCUCUGAGAGAAUAUGUUGCCAAGUUCAACUCAAAAGCUUUACAUAUACCUGAACUGGAUGAGAGAAGGGUAGUAGAGGUCAUGCAGAAAGGCACGACCUCUCUAGAAUUCUUUGGGUCGUUGUGCACAAAGCCACCCACCACCUUGUCAGAGUUAAUGAAGAGAGUUGAAAAGUAUAUAAGACAAGAUGAUGCCUUCACAACCAGCCAGUUUGCCAGGGAUGACAGAGAUAGGGGAAGAGCAGAGGAUGACAGAAGGCAAGAUAGGCUGGAGAGAAGGUAG